AUGUGCUGCGGCACAAACCGCUCGAAUCCGUCCGGUGGGAGUCGCGAUAAUGGGUUCACGGCGGAUACUUGUCUGGAGAAUGGAUUGUGUCAGAAUGUCUGGCAGACGAGGGAUGAUAAUGGAACGACCGUGGAGAAUGUGGGUUAUUUCAGGGAUCAGUGUACAAGUACGGAUUGGGAGAAUGGAGGAUGUUUGAAUAUUUGUACGGCGGAGACGAAUCCUAAUGAUGGCGGAAACUCUAAUACAGUCACGCAAGUGACCCCAUGUAAUGGGCUAGCGAAUGCAACGACAUGGUGCUGUGGCAAUAGUACAGAUUGCUGUGGAUCCACGAGUGCAAUCACAAUCGCUCAGAAACUUGCCCAACCUACUUCCUCAUCUGCUAGCAGCAGCUCUUCAACAACGACAUCUUUCAGAACUUCUGCCCUUACCACGACUACUACUGAGCCAUCACCCGCCGCCACAACCUCGUCCAUUCAUUCGAGCACAUCAUCGCCAUCGGCAUCAGCAUCAUCAGGCCUGUCAACCAGCGCAAAAGUAGGCGUCGGCAUCAGCAUCGCCGUAGCCGCAACCGCCGCCCUCGCAGCCCUAGUAUUUUUCAUCUUCAUCCGCCGACGCAAUCGCAACAGCGCAGAUCAACAACCCUUGUCAAAUACAAAACUAGGAGGAUCAAUCAGUGGCAGCGAAGAUUGGGCUGCAGCAACAGCGUAUAGUGCAAAGCAGCCGCCCCCAUCGCCGCAAGAACUCAAUCCGAGCGGUGGUGUGCAUGAGAUGGCGUCGAAUGAGGAGAAUAUGAGAUAUGAGUUGGCGGGUGUAUCGUCUCCUGCGCUUAGCCCAGGGGGGGAGGGGGUGAUGCACAUUGGAGGUGACCAGAUCUCUUGGGAACGUGACAUUCCGAGGGUUCGGAGUAAAUGA